AUGUUGAAAUCGUUACCAACUACAUUACGCUCUGUUUCAGUAAAGAGAAUUGCCUCUCAAUCAUCGAGGUUAAGAUCAAGCAUUGCGCUUAAGUCAACAUGCCCUAGAGUGGUUGUUCCUGUUUUAGCUAGAUCAUUCCAUCAAACAGCAAUUGCUUUCAAUCAAACACCAGAGUCGGCAUUGAACGAAGUUGUUAAAGCAGAGAGUAAAAUUUCCGAAGCUAUACCAAACGAAUUGGAUCAAGUGUAUCAAGAUUUUUUGACUACUAGUGGUUUUGAAGUUGUCUCUACUCCAGGAACUGCUAGUGUUGAGUUGGUGAAAAAAGAUGCUGAAACAGGUAAUAUUUUACAUGUCUAUUUUGACAUUGAUGAAGUCACGGAUAUUCCUACCGAAGAUUUGGCAGCUUUAGAGUCUGGCGAUUUAGAAGAAGAGGCAAAUCAAUUAGAUCAAUUGUUGUGCAAUGUUAAGAUCCUUGUUGAAAACCCAUCGAACAAUACAGGCUUGUUUUUGAAUUUGUUUUUACAAAACACAGAGUCUUCUUUUAUGAUUGACUUUGUCAAUGUUCAGGAUGAUGUAAAGUCAUUUAUCAGGGCGAUCAAGGAGGAGAAUGAAUUCAUUGACAAAUUUAAAUACCAGGGCCCUAAAUUUGCAGAGUUGGAUGAAAGCUUGCAAACUGAAUUUGAAAACUAUUUGGUUGCAAAGGGAAUUGAUAAUGAAUUGGCAGAUUUCAUUGUUGCUUUCAGUGAUUUCAAGGAAGAAAGCGAAUACAGAACUUGGCUCAAUGCUGUUUCUAAAUUUUUGAAUUAA